AUGCUGUCAUCAUCUUCAUCAACCACCACCACCACCACCACCACCACCUGUACCUGCAACAAAAACAACCUGAACAAUAAAACCCUCUCUUCCUCACCAUCAUCACUGCCUUCACACUUCUCACACCAAACCCAAAGAACCAACAACUUUAGCAGCAAUAAAGCCAUGGAAGAUGUGUGGGAAGACAUCAACCUUACUUCCUUAAGCAACCACAGCCCCAACACUACCCACAUCUCCAAAGGUGCAAAAUUUCAAGACUUUCUAGCUCGACCCUUUAACACCUUCACUGUGGACCCAUCACCUGUGACUGCUCUCACCUUGAGCACACGUUCUGAGCACCCUCUCCCGCACAAGAACCUGCAGUUGGCGCAAACUGUUUCAAAGACCGAUCCUUUUGCUAUCCCAUUUGCGAAUAAAAGUGCUCCAGCUUCAAGGGACAUGCGAGACGCACGACUCAUGAAAAAUCGCGAAUCUGCUGCCCGAUCCAGAGCCAGAAAGCAGGAAAAUAUUGCUUCUUCUUCUUCUUCUUCCCCUUUUGUUGUAGAGAGUGCUUACUUGUUUGAGUUGAAGCUUAAAAUCAAGCAGUUGCAAGAAGAGAAUGCAAGACUCAGAAGACAGCAGCAACUGGUUCGUUUCUCUUCUGUCGUUUGGACAAUUCCUGAGAUAAAUCAACGGCAUGACUUCAAAGAUAAAAGGGCUAAAUAA